AUGUGCAAAAUAUUGAUUUCUGUAUCCGGUUUUCUCGGCCAAACGGAGAACGGAGCAAUUGGAAAAUAAAUAGAAAUUGUGCAAAAUUGUGCAACUUGGCUUGGCAUUCAAUCGUUCGUGCCAUAUCGAAUACCCAGCGUUGUGUAGUGUGUGUGUGUGUGGCAGCGUGUGUACGUGUGAGAGAGUUUGUUGAUUGUUUUGUUGACCAGUUUAUUGUUCUUGUGAGCGUUGUUUGGCGCUGUGAGUGGAGGUAUUCCGCAUUCUGUUUGCCAGAUGGUGGUUUGAAGUGGUUGCAACAAUGCCAAACGGGGAAAACUUGCCAUGCCUUAGCCGCUGGCACAAAAUGUACUAGUGAGAAUACGCGAAGCAUUGUGAGUUGGUGUUCGGAGCGUACAUUAAUUGACCCGGAGUAUAUUGCAUUGAGUGGGCACUGCAUCCUUGACGAAGUAUAUCAGCAAGGUUAUGAAAUUCCGGGUUGCUUCCAUAAAAAUCUGUCUUUGAAGUGACAGAAUUUCUGCCCGCGCUAAGAAGCUGCCCAGCCAGGAAAUUCCAUCCACCGUGUCAACCACAUCGCAAAAAAAGCAUCACACCAUAGCGAACCGCACACUUCCGGUGGUAAAUGUGCGCGCAAGUGUUUGUGAAACUGUGAAGCAAAAACGAAAACCACUGCUGGGGAUGAAAAGUGGCAUUUGAAAGUAGUGGAAAUGAAUGAAAAGCCGGAACCACAAGGAAAAUAACAUAAAUUUGACUAACCAAACCAGCUCGAACUAGCGCACACAGAUCUAUAAGAUCCAAAUGUAAGCUGGACGAUGCACAAAAAAGUCUAAAGCAGUGUGCACGUGUGCGUGUAUGUGAAGAGUGUUUGUUGCGCAAGCCACUAAAACAUCGAAAGAAACUACAUUUGAAAGGCGCCAGAAAAACGCCUUGGCGGCGAAACCAAAGAAGGAGCAAAACCCAAACGCGGCCAAACGCGGUUCGGGAUGAGAUUGAAAAAUGUGAGAAUUUUCCCCAGCUGUGACACUGCUGGAGCCAUGGCUGGGAACCGGCCCACGGCGGUCUGUCAUCCCGUGCACUCGCUGCCAACCGUGCACCGCAAACGGUAGGGCCAUUGCCAAAGGGCGUUCACCUCGACGGAAGGAAAGCACGCGCUGAUUCCGGCUGCCUUGGGUUGCCAAUGGAUUUUCCACAGUGGUUUGGGCCAAGUGGCUAGCUGGUGGUGUAAAUAACGCGCAAACACUCGCACACAUAGCCUAAAGAAGGAAAAACUUUACCACGUGUGUGUGUGUGUGUGUAUAUGUGUACGAAUGUAUGUAUGCGUGUGAAUGUAUAUGAUAGUGGUAAAAGAAAAGGGGUGACGUUGGGCUGCCUCACAAAGUGAAAACUCCCUUAAGCGUUGGCAGUGCGAGCGAAAGCGUGUCUGUGCGCGUUUGUCUGUGUGUGUGUAUGUGAGAGGGAAAAGAGAAGUUUCGUGUUUUCUCAGCAGUGGAAGGUUUUGCAUUGAAAAUAUAAAUUGCAACCCAGUGUGCGCUUUAUUCCGAGUGCAGUUCGGUUGGGGAGGGGAAAAUAUAUAUAUAUCGCAACAGGAAAAAGGUGCAAAAGUAGUGGGAUUGGAAAAUCGGUUUUCCGAAGUGAUUUCUCAUUCCUAUUCUGUACAGCCAGGUUUUCGACGUGGUAAAACGAACCGAAAGAAAAAAAAAGGAGUCACAAUAGUCGUUGUUUGCGACCACCACAGCAUAACAACCCAAUCACCAUGAAGUGUCACAAGCGGCUUACGUUGGACAUCUGGAUACUGCUGGUGUACGUGCUAGAUAUCACCAGCGGUGGCAUCCAGCCUCAUCAGCCCUACGAUGGAUAUAAAUCAUUCCUCGAUACCAGCACGGCCCAUCUGCGCACGUACGUGGCGUCCGGUUCGGUUGCGUCCGGAUCCUCCAGCCAGUUCGGUGGCGUGCAUCACGCCCAACAGCAGACACCGGGGCAGAGCUCGCAAAGCAAAUGGGAUGAACCAUACUUUGACGACACAACGCCGAGGAAUGUGACCGGACUCGUUGGCAAAUCCGCUUAUCUGAGCUGCCGGGUGAAGAACCUGGGCAACAAAACGGUUUCGUGGAUAAGGCACCGAGACAUUCACAUACUCACCGUCGGCAGCUACACGUACACGUCCGACCAGCGAUUCCAGGCGACGCAUCACAAAGACGUCGACGACUGGACGCUGCAGAUAAAGUGGGCCCAAAAAAGGGACGCCGGAAUCUAUGAAUGCCAGAUUUCUACCCAACCAGUGCGCAGCUACUUCGUCACGCUCAGUGUUGUAGUGCCAACGGCCACAAUAAUCGGUGGACCAGAUCUGCAUGUGGACAAGGGCAGCACCAUCAACCUGACCUGCGCGGUCAAGUACAGUCCGGAGCCGCCAGCGUACAUCUUCUGGUAUCAUCAUGACGAGGUGAUCAGCUACGAUUCGAGCCGUGGAGGUGUUUCGGUCAUCACGGAGAAAGGUGACGUCACCACCUCGCACCUGCUGAUUCAGAAUGCUGAUCUGGACGAUUCGGGCAAGUACUCCUGCUCACCGUCCAACGCAGACGUGGCCAGCGUACGCGUGCACGUCCUCAACGUUCGCGCGGUCGUUUCAGGUGAACAUCCGGAGGCGAUGCAGACUGGUGGCGCCACGGCAGUCGUUUCGUCGGACGCUCUCUUGUUACUACCACUGAUCCUGCUCGCACUACUGCUCCUCACGAUAUCUCCAUCAGCAUCGAUGAGCGUCGUUUCGCCGAUUCCCAGUAGAAAACUCGACCGACAACCGACCUCAAGCGAACGAAAACUAUCGGUGACGUUGGCUUCAUUCGCCACCGGUGGGUGUAGGAGAGACCGGACGCUUCUUCAGCAUGGGGUAGCUUCAAAUAUUCACCACCACAUUACCGUCACUGUAUGCAUCGACGAACGGACGUCCGUACGGUGUGAUUCUGCGAGAUGAUAAACCCCCCAUCGAUUUGGAACCGAGAGCAGUAGUGUCUGGCACCGAAGCCAGGACAGAAGGUCAUAGUUUUUUGUUUGUUUUUGGCUUUCGUUACCAUAGAUAACUUUACCUUUUCUCCACUACCCUCGAUGCUAGAGAAGCAGCAAUCGUAGUUUUGCCAUGGGAGGGUACGUUCAUAAAUCCGUUCCAUGUCUCGGGAGACAUCGGGAGCGUAAGUGUUUGUGAGAGGAUGCGAUUUUCUCGCUGUCUAUUGUGACAGGUACUAGGUGAAAUGGUAGUAUAGCAUCAAGCACAUAUACUUUGGAAUUGGUUGAAAACAGAAGCAGAACAUAAAGCUUGUUGAUAGACAUGUGGUUUUAUUGCAGUUGUUGGUUGAAAUUAAUUUGAUUUGUUUCAUUGUUUUCCAAUUGAUUGGCACAUGGUGUGUUUUGAUUCUUUUUUCUCCACCGACCAUCGUAUAUUAUUUUAGUUUUAAUGAAUCUUCAUUUUAUUUUGCUGAAAAAGAAGAAAUUAAUUUGAUUUGUUUCAUUGUUUUCCAAUUGAUUGGCACAUGCUGUGUUUUGAUAUUUUUUUCUCCACCGAACAUCGUAUAUUAUUUUAAUUUUAAUGAAUCUUCAUUUUAUUUUGCCUGCAAAAGAAGAGUUUUGUUUGCUCUGUGCAAACCACAGUCCUCCUGAAACAACCGAAUACGAACGGUACAAAUUUAACACGUGCCCAUGUUGACUUAGAACCAUUGAAAUGUUACUACGCCGAAAAAUACGUGAAGGAUAUUUGUUUACGUGUAAUGAUCGUUUUUAUAUUGCUGUUCACAGGCACGUAUAAAAGUUAUAGGAAAAAUAUUAUUUAAAUCCGUACGUACAAUUUGAAAAAAAAGGAAAAAAACGAGAUAAUUAUCUUUCAUCUCACCAAUGCGAUUGUUUAACUAGCAUUUUUGUUUUCAGCAUUUAGAUAAAUCAAUCAAAUUGAUGAUAGAAUAAGUAAAAAAAAUGCAAAAUUGGUAGCACUACGAUGACUGAGGAAAAGCAACUUUUCACUCACAAUAUCUUGUACAUUUAAAAAUAUGAAGAAAAAAAACAUACAAUCCCAAGGCUCAUACACUCAACAAAACGUAACAACCAGAUUAAACUGCAAAAUAGAAAACCCCAAAUCACUACACAACUACUUCUACACUCGGUACAUAACAAAAAUACACACACACACAAAUACGACAGCAACACUCAACAACAAAAUGUCAUAAAAGAAAACAUUAAAAAUACUAGUUGAAUGAUGACAAGCGAGAUUUUAAUCGUGGUGUAGUUUUUGAUCCAUAAAAAAUCUAUAUAAAAACAAUUUCAUGCAGACAAAUUUGGAUUUGUCAAGUUGUAAAGUUUGCGGUAGAUUAUGAACAAUUUUGUGUGUGGCAAUUAGUACCGAAUGAGUUUAAUUUUCCUCUUCAGUUCAUUCAUCUUACCAAAAGAGCUGUACUGUACAUAAUACUAUACGAUUAGAAUCUUUAAUCACUUCACUAUUGUUCCGAAAAAGCACACACACACACAGAACAAACAACGAAACAUUUUGAUGAAACG